GGAUUGCCAAGUGCCGUUCUUCCGUGACAAGAAUGACAAGAACCUGCUGGUUUCUGGGCAUCGGCCUGACUACAUCAGUAGUAAAGACCAUGUUUAUAAGAGCCGCAAGAUCCAGCUCUGAACUAAAGAGAUUCGAAGUGUCAUGAGUUCAUCAGCCUUCGUCUUUUCUUGUUUCUCGAUGUGAUUAACAGUCUUUUCCAAGGAUUUCAUCGCCAUUAUCACCAACUUUUGCUCCCACCCCCACAUUCUCAACCCAGUUCAACCCCACGACCAUGACGCAACUCGAGAUUCUAGAACACCGUUGUUUGUUACCGGUUUUAGUGCAGACCCCAAACGAUAUCAGUAUGGAACUGGAGGGGACCCCGCGACAAUCGCCGUUGGGUUUAGCAGCACAACUACCAACCCGUACCGACUCCAAAUUCUCAGUCGUCAGCACUGCGUCAUCUUCUGCAGCUACCACUAACGGCGACUUACCCUUUACCACUAAGACAAAAGAAUACAUGGACUCUCUGCGACCACCUUCACCAAAGCAAUUCGAACGAAUUGCAAUUGUUCAACAACAACGCGAACAAGAAACAAAGCGCAGAGAUCGCGAGCGCAGGCGCUGGUCGCGCGAAGUCCAGCGUCAGCGCAAUAGAGCUGCCAGUAUGUCGACAGUCAGUCAGGACGACCAGGCGCAGGCGCAAGCUGCGCGCACUAUCCAGAAAACCUUUAGAGGGUAUCGCGCAAGAAGAGAGAUGCAAGGGUUUGGUUUGGAUGCAAGUACAAGAUGGGUCACUGCAAUUCGAGAAGCUCAAUUUCGACAUGCGACAUUGCCACGACCGAAAACAGAAGCUGAUAAUGAAGCUUUUGAUAAUUCAAAAGCGGACGGUUUUGCGAAACACAAGUCGGCGAGUGCACGAGAGAAAUGGAAGAAGGCGAGCGCCGUUGCGCGACGAGCAGGUCAUGAUGACCUCUUGUCAGAUUCUGAAUCUUCAGAAUCGUCUUCCGACGAAGAUGCCUCCCCCGAAGAACGAGUUGCUGCACGAGCACGACGUGAGAAAGCUACUGCUGCGCGGAAACAUGAGGCGCGCAUGAUGGGCAUUCGAUACUUCCUCGAGAUGGUCGACCAGAAACACCGUUACGGAAGUAAUCUUUGCCGUUACCACGAGGUUUGGAAGCGAACAGACACAAAUGAGAACUUUUUCUACUGGCUCGACUAUGGUGAAGGCCGCAACGUUGAGGUUGAUGGCUGUCCACGCGAUCGACUUGAGCGGGAGCAAGUUCGAUACCUGUCUCGUGAAGAGCGCCAGUACUAUCUUGUUGAAGUCGAUAGUGAAGGCAGACUCUGUUGGGCGAAGAAUGGCCAGCGCAUUGAUACCACAGAAGAGUUCAAGGACAGCAUACAUGGUGUCGUGCCUGUGAACGAUUCCACGCCGGCAUUCAACGCCGCAGCCCAGCCCGAAGAUGCACGAUCCCUCGAAUCUGUCAGCAGUUCCAGCUCCGAUUCUUCCCUAGAGUCACGACGGGAGGCAGACCGGGCAGCCAAGUAUGCGACCCCUGACUUUGACAACAGUCAGGGCAUGAACAAAGUGUCCCAGAUUUCAGCGUCCACGAUCUUUAACAAGUUGAUGCGCAAAUCUGUCCGGAAGAAUACAUGGAUCUUCGUUGCAGACACAAGCUUUCGCAUGUAUGUGGGCAUCAAGGAUUCAGGAGCAUUUCAACACUCGUCCUUCCUCCAGGGUAGCCGGAUAUCAGCAGCUGGUCUCAUCAAGAUCAAGAAUGGUCGACUAUCGUCUCUCUCACCACUGAGCGGACACUACCGCCCUCCCGCAGCGAAUUUCCGUGCUUUCGUUGCAAGCUUGCGGCAGUCGGAGGUUGACAUGAGCCAUGUCUCUAUCUCCAAGUCGUAUGUUGUGUUGAUAGGACUGGAGGCAUAUAUCAAGACGAAGCGCAAGGGCAAGGACUUUGCUCAGCGUGUGGGACACAGGAAAGAUAAGAUAAUAGCCCCAGAGGAGGCGGCGCGCAGGGAAGAGGAAGCCAAGGACAAGAGUGAGAGUGCCGCGAAGGAGAGAGAGGUGCUACAACGAGAAGAGGCAGAGAAGCAAGAGGGAAGACCAGUAAAGAAGGCCUUAAAGAAGCUUGGCAUUAAACCAACAAAGGAGGAGAAACAGGCAGCCAAGAGGGAGAAGAAGGAGGAUGUCGAGAAGAUGCACGUAUAGUAAGACUCUUGGUGUUUGGCGAGGUGUUUUGGUUUUACGAUAUUAUACCCUUUAUGUAUAGAGCGGUCCCCGGAUUAUGGUUCACGACAUCAAGUACGAAUACCCAAGAUCAUGAGUAUUUUCUUUGUGCAGCUGCCAGUUCUGGCUAUCAAAUGAUAUUGCUGUGAAGCUCAUCUAAGCUGUGUAAAAACCCUAGCCCAGUUA